GGUUAUAUAUGCAAAAUUAAGCUGAUGUAACGAGACCUCUUUCACGGUAACAGAGUAAUUUGGGGGUGUUGAUUGAAGCGGGUAAUCGAUACAUCCUGCCGUUAUCCUCCUGCUUUGAAGGGUCGUUACUGUGUAGAUUAGUCUGCUUACAGCGUAAAAUCAACAUUGUGUAGUCUACGUGUUUUGCCGCCUCUACGUCUGUUUGAAUGGAAAAAUCUGGAAAAGUGAUUUCCAUUUCUGAACGCUGUUGCGGUCCUCUUCGGUGAAAUUUUUGCCGACAGCACUUGAAGGCAUCAUAUGAGCUAACCGGGAGCAGAGGAAGAGUCGAGUAGCGCGGACAUGUCGGACCCGGCGGCGGCGCAGGGCCUCCAACCCCGGCUUCUCCAAGCCCAGGCGACUGGGUCAGCUGGGUCCAGUACCGCCGCCACAGGCUCCGGGUCAGGGAACAGUGAUCCGGCCAGACCGGGACUGAGCCAGCAGCAGCGUGCGAGCCAGAAGAAAGCCCAAGUUCGAGCUUUUCCACGGGCGAAAAAGCUCGAGAAACUUGGCGUAUUCUCCGCAUGCAAGGCUAGUGACACAUGCAAGUGCAAUGGAUGGAAAAACCCAAAUCCACCGACAGCCACUCGUAUGGACCUGCAGCAGCAAGCAGCCAGCCUGAGCGAGCCGUGCCGCAGCUGUGGACAUGCUCUGGCUGAUCAUGUGUCCCACCUGGAAAAUGUGUCUGAGGACGAGAUUAACAGGCUGUUGGGGAUGGUGGUGGAUGUUGAGAACCUUUUCAUGUCUGUGCACAAAGAGGAGGACACUGAUACCAAACAGGUCUACUUUUACCUUUUCAAGCUGCUGAGGAAAUGCAUCCUGCAGAUGAGCCAGCCAGUCGUAGAGGGAUCCCUCGGAAGUCCACCCUUUGAAAAGCCCAACAUCGAGCAGGGGGUUUUGAAUUUUGUUCAGUACAAGUUCAGCCACCUGGCACCAAAGGAAAGGCAGACCAUGUUUGAGCUGUCGAAAAUGUUCCUCUUGUGCCUAAAUUACUGGAAGCUGGAGACGCCAACGCAGUAUCGCCAGCGUACCCAGAAAGAUGACGGGACAGCGUAUAAAGUGGACUACACCAGGUGGCUGUGCUACUGCCAUGUCCCCCAGAGUAACGACAGCCUACCGCGCUACGAAACCACUCAGGUGUUCGGCCGCAGCUUGCUAAAGUCCAUCUUCACCGUGACGCGACGCCAGCUCCUGGAGAAAUUCAGAGUAGAGAAGGAUAAACUGCUACCAGAGAAACGCACGCUCAUCCUCACACACUUCCCCAAGUUUUUGUCCAUGUUGGAGGAGGAAAUCUAUGGCGAGAAUUCACCCAUUUGGGAGGCUGACUUCACCAUGCCUGCCUCCGAUGGCACACAGCUGGGACAUCAGACAGUGAUCAGUCCUGCUGCAGUGUCCCCCGCUCUGUCCAAGGGUCUGAGCAGCGGCUCCUCUCUGGGCAGCAUGGACACCGGAGGUGCAGAGCCCAUCACAGGAGAGAAACGUAAACUUCCGGAGGCGCUGACACUGGAAGAUGCCAAGCGGAUCCGUGUGAUGGGAGACAUUCCUAUGGAGUUGGUCAAUGAAGUCAUGAUGACAAUCACUGACCCUGCCGCCAUGCUCGGACCAGAGACAAAUCUGCUGACUCCAAACGCUGCUCGUGAUGAGACCGCCAGGCUGGAGGAGAGGCGUGGCAUCAUAGAGUUUCAUGUCAUCGGAAACUCUCUUUCCCAGAAGUCCAACAAGAAGAUCUUGAUGUGGCUGGUCGGCCUGCAGAACGUCUUCUCUCAUCAAUUACCUCGCAUGCCCAAAGAGUACAUCACACGACUAGUGUUUGACCCGAAGCACAAGACCCUAGCCCUUAUCAAAGACGGCCGCGUCAUCGGAGGCAUCUGUUUUAGGAUGUUUCCCACUCAGGGCUUCACGGAGAUUGUCUUCUGUGCCGUCACAUCCAAUGAGCAAGUUAAGGGCUAUGGUACCCAUCUGAUGAACCACCUGAAGGAGUACCACAUCAAACACAACAUCCUCUAUUUCCUCACAUACGCAGACGAGUACGCCAUCGGCUACUUUAAGAAGCAGGGCUUUUCCAAAGACAUCAAAGUGCCGAAGAGUCGUUACCUCGGAUACAUCAAAGACUACGAAGGAGCGACUCUCAUGGAGUGUGAGCUGAACCCCAGAAUCCCCUACACUGAGCUGUCUCAUAUCAUUAAAAGACAGAAAGAGAUCAUUAAGAAGCUGAUUGAGAGGAAACAGAGCCAGAUCAGGAAGGUAUACCCAGGUCUCACCUGCUUCAAAGAAGGUGUGCGGCAGAUCCCUGUGGAGAGUAUUCCAGGCAUAAGAGAGACAGGCUGGAAACCCAGUAACAAGGAAAAAGGGAAAGAGGUGAAGGACCCUGAUGUGCUAUACAACAUGCUGAAGAACCUCCUGGCCCAGAUAAAGACCCACCCUGAUGCCUGGCCCUUCAUGGAACCAGUGAAAAAAUCAGAAGCUCCAGAUUACUACGAGAUCAUCCGCUUUCCCAUCGACCUGAAGACCAUGACAGAGAGACUGAAGAACAGAUACUAUGUGACCAAGAAGCUUUUUAUCGCUGACCUACAGCGAAUCAUCACCAACUGUCGCGAGUACAACCCUCCGGACAGCGAGUAUUGCAAGUGUGCCAACACCUUGGAGAAGUUCUUCUAUUUCAAAUUAAAAGAUGGAGGCCUGAUUGAAAAAUGAACUCGACACACACAAAAAAAUAUUUACAGAUUUCCUGACGGUCGAGGAUCAACUUUCACAGCUGCCACAGAGCAAGAUGGAGCAGAGCACGAGGAAACCAUCGCUAGUUAUUGUCAUAUCUGAGUUAAUAAAAGGGUAUGUACACGACUGACAGAAGGGAAUUGUUGGACUCGAACAAACAUGGCAGAGGGUUGUUUUGGAAAUAUCAGAGCCUGUUGGGCGUAACGUAAAAAUGUCAAAAUGGCAUUACUUUUCCCCUUACAGUUAACUUCUGUCAUUUUUUUCCUUUCCAGUACCUGUUUCAUUAAGUGUACCAAAGUUAUAGGUCCAAGUUAAAACAAUGCCACUCUUUCCACUCUUUAUAUAUAUAUAUAUAUAUAUAUAUAUAUAUAUAUAUAGUUGUCAUUUAAUGACAUUACUUCAUUCCAGUUUUGUCACGCUUAACACUCGUCACUCGUACAGACGUACUGUGUAUGUAAUAUGUAGAGUUCUUUCACAGAAAACUGGACCUCGGGACCUAAAACCACGUUGCCUUCCGUUACUGACAGACACUUGAACAUCGCAGCCAUUUUCAUGGGUAUAAAGAUAGACAUACUUUGAAAGAUGGGCAGUGCUUUGUUGAGUAGCCCUGAAACAAAUUAAUUAGCCAAUUAGUUGAUUGACAGAAAAUUAAUUGAAAACAGUCGCAUUAAUUGAUCAUUUAAGUUGUUUAUCAAAGCAAAUACCAAUUGAAAUGUAAUGUUUGCUGCUUUUCUUUUUGAUUCCAUGGUAUAUAUAUUUUUGACUGUCAGGAAAAAGGCAAAUAUUAAGCAUUAUUGAUAAUAUGGGUUUAGGUAACAUCAUCGUCUUUAUUCUAAACACAUAAUUGAUUAUGAAAAUAUUAUCUCAUAUUAAUCAAUAAUGAAAGUCAUUGUUUGAUUGCAGCCCUACUCUUUUUUUUGAGUAGUCUGAGACACUGCCAGGCUGCUAGUGAUGGACAGGACAAAUAUUCCCAGCACUUGUGUGCUAAUUAAAAUAAUUUCCCUUGAUCGUUGCCUUCAAGAAAACAGUUGUUUUCAUGUUGACAGCAACAUAAUAGAUACUUAUUUAUACAGUAAACGGGACAAAUACUGUUUAUGCACCAUUUUCCACUGGCAGGGUUUUAUUCCAAACCAUUUAGUAUGAGGUCUCACAUUAGUAUAGCUUUUACCAUGCUUGCAGAUGACACUGUAGUUGUUGGCAUUGAUUUGUUCUGUUAAUAGACUCUAGUAUAGUCACCGUCACAUAUAUGCUAAGUAGUCCUAUUUACUGUACAGCCACAUGUUUGUGGUGGUCACAGGUUUACUGGAUAGUUUUAUGUUAAGAACUAAACAUAGCGGGGGAGAAGCUAACCAGCAGUUCACACAGUCGUUUUGGGCUUUUGGUCGUCAGUCAAAGAAGAGAAUUCUGGUUUAUUUAUCAUAACAUACACAAGCUGUAGUGGCUGUUAAUGCAUGGCGGAUAGUUUACAGUUUGCAUUCAUAAAAACCAUCCAACAUUUGUUCAUUUAUGGAAACUACUAUUGCAGGUUGUUUUGUUUGUUUGUUUUUUUACAGUGCUACAAGCAUAAUGAAAUGUUAGAAACAUUUCUUUGUUCAACGGUCAGUGUCAAAUGGAGUGCUUCCUGAGAUGCAUUCAUAUGUUUAUAGGAAGUAACUGUCAAAUGCCGGUUGAGCCUGCUUGUUUGUUCCACUGACGUGUGCGUGUGUAUGUGUGUGUGUGUGUAUGUGUGUUUAUUUUGUACUUGAAUCAUGACUAGCUUUGAAUUACUGAAGUGAUGUCAGUGUUGCAUUAUUCAGGGUUGUCAAUUGCGUACUUCUCCCUCAAUCUACCUAUGCUGCAUUUCAGAUUUUCUUAAAGGUCAGUCUUUCCACCAGUUUGAGGAUGGCUAAUGUCUAGUUAUGGUAUAAAUGCCAAUUACUGUAACUGUAAUACUGUUCAUGACAAUAAAGGUUUUUUUUUUUAUAAACAA